AAUUAGUUGCCUUCGUUCAAACAAAAAUUGCUCGUGAACAUUUAAACGGAUGCUCUGACAUAGUCAAGGAUUGAAGUGCGCUGAUCAAUAGCGCUGCAAACUGCCCUGCGCAGGAAAACUACUUCACCGGCGACUGCACGAAUCCCAACAAUACCCUUUGCACAUAUUUAAAAGGAUCCAGAUUGUCGACAACAACAACUUUUCAACAUGGAUCAAAUGCUGAGUCCAAACUAUUCCAUACCCAGCAUUGGCACACCGCUCCAUCAGAUGGAGGCGGAUCAACAAAUCGUGCCCAACCCUAUUUAUCAUCCCCCGGCUCCAGCGGUCCCGGAACCAGCGGUUCCUCCACAACAGCCAGAUGCCGGCAACAGCGUUAUAAGCGGCAGCAGUGGCAGCGGCCUUUUUGGUCAUGAGCCGACACUGCCACUGCCGCACAAACAAAUUCAAAGCUACCAAUCCUCAGCGUCGUAUCAACAGCAGCAGCAUCAACAAGGCAACAAUGUUGGUGGAGGUACACCGCAAUCUCUAAUGCAGCCACAAACCCCUCAAAGCAUGAUGACCCACAUAACGCCCAUGACGGAGCGUAAUACAGCGACGGGGCCGGAUUCGUUGAGCAACAUACACCAAACAAUGGGACCAUCAACACCGAUGACGCCAGCCACACCGGGCUCGGCGGAUCCCGGCAUUGUGCCACAGCUGCAAAAUAUUGUCUCAACUGUGAAUUUAUGUUGCAAACUAGACCUCAAGAAAAUAGCGCUACAUGCUCGCAACGCUGAAUACAAUCCAAAACGUUUUGCUGCCGUCAUUAUGCGAAUUCGCGAGCCUCGAACUACUGCAUUAAUCUUCAGUUCGGGGAAAAUGGUAUGCACGGGUGCCAAGAGCGAGGCGGACUCGCGGCUAGCUGCACGCAAAUAUGCCCGCAUCAUACAAAAGUUGGGAUUUCCGGCCAAAUUCCUGGAUUUUAAAAUACAAAACAUGGUGGGCUCAUGUGAUGUUAAAUUUCCUAUACGUCUCGAGGGUCUGGUGUUGACGCAUUGCAACUUCAGUAGCUACGAACCGGAGCUAUUUCCUGGUCUUAUUUAUCGCAUGGUGCGUCCACGUAUUGUCUUGCUUAUAUUCGUUUCUGGAAAAGUGGUACUGACGGGAGCCAAGGUACGGCAGGAAAUAUACGAUGCCUUCGACAAAAUAUUCCCCAUAUUGAAAAAGUUUAAAAAGCAAUCGUAGGACGCUUGAUGCAUAGGUUAACUAAUUUCUUAAGCUAGUGUAAACAAUGUAUUAAAUCUUUUGGGGCAGCUGCAGCCCUCAAACGGCGGCCCAAAAUAAAACUAGUGUGUAGUUGACAAUUAAA